AUGAGUAAAAUAGAAAAAUCACUUCAGCUUAUUUCAAAAAAACUGUCUUAGGAUUUUCUCUCAUACGUCAAUAAAGGUGUUUCUCCUUUCCAUGUUGUUUAAACUUCAAAAGAAAGGUUAGUCAAGCAUGGUUUUACUCAAAUCAGCGAGAAUGAUAAUUGGAAUAUAAAUAGAGGAGGCAAAUAUUUUUUUAUUAGAUCAAAUAGUUCUUUAGUUGCUUUUACUGUAGGAACAAAUUUUGAUGCUAACGAUACUGGAUUUAAGAUUAUUGGAGCACAUACUGAUUCUCCUUGUUUAAGACUAGCUCCUUUAAGCAAGCUUACAAGCCAAGAAUUUAGAUAAGCUGGAGUUUGUACUUAUGGAGGUGGUUUAUGGCAUACAUGGUUUGAUAGAGAUUUGACUUUAGCAGGAAGAAUAGUUUAUGAAGAUGAAAAUAAUUAAUUUAAGUCUGAUUUAUUUUUCCAUGAAGGAGGUCUCUUUAAAAUUCCUAAUCUCGCUAUUCACUUAACAACUGCAGAUGAAAGAGGAAAAUUCACUCCAAACUUAGAGAAUCACUUGAAACCAAUCUUUUCUUCUGAGGUUUAUGAACAGUUGGUGAAUAUGCAAUCAAAGAAUGAAAACAUAGAAGGAUACUUAAAAAAUAAUCACUACUCUGGUCUUCUUAAUCUAGUAGCUGAUUAAAUUAAAGUCCCAUCCAAAAAAAUCAUUGAUUUAGAUCUUUAUUUUACUGAUGUUCAGCCUGGCACUCUCAUUGGAUUGAAUUAAGAAUUUAUCAGCUCUCCCAGAUUAGAUAAUCUUUUCUCUUCUUGGGCUGCUCUAAGAGCAAUUACACCUACUGAAGUUGAUACUCCUGAAGUAGAAGGUGAAAACUAAAAUAAUUCAAAAUAUAUCCACAUGAUUUGUCUUUAUGAUCAUGAAGAGUGUGGUUCUUAAAGCUUUUAAGGAGCUGGUAGUAACUUGCUAUAAUAAACUACGGAAAGAGUUUGGAAGAUUUUAGCAAAAGACAGCAAUAAUGUGAAAUCAGACUCAUUAAAUAAAGCAUAUUUAAAUUCAUUCUUAAUAUCUGCUGAUAUGGCUCAUUCAGUACAUCCAAAUUAUUGUGAUCGCCAUAAAACUAAUCAUUAAGUUAAGUUAAACUCUGGAAUUGUUAUUAAAAUAAAUCACAAUUAAAGAUACACAACUGAUUCUGUAAGUUCUGCAUUAAUAAAAGCUGUAGCAAAUGAUAUCCAAGUUCCAUAUCAAGAGUUUGCAGUUAAAAACGAUAGUCCUUGUGGUAGUACAAUUGGCCCUAUUGUUUCAUCUUAAACAGGUAUCAAAGCUGUUGAUAUUGGUGUUGCUUCAUGGGGAAUGCACUCAAUUAGAGAAACGUGUGGUGUACUUGAUUCUUAUUACUAUGUCUAACUUAUGUCUCACUUUUUCAAGUCUUAUGAUAAGAUAGCUCCUUCUCUUUUGAAAUGCUGA